UUGCAAGAAGCAAACUACUCCACUCCCGUUCUUUUUGGUCCAACGCCGGAGGCGCUCGUAUCCGAGGCAGACCCGAGAAUGUCCGAAAACGACGCGAUCUCGACAAUUCCGUUGGCUGUCCUUAUUGUGUUCACAAUCUUUGGUAAUAUUUUGGUAUGUGCCGCGUUCUAUCUUUGCCGAGAUUUGAGGAAUGUCACAAACUACUUCGUGGUCUCCCUUGCUAUGGCUGACUUGUUGGUUGGAUUUGUGUGUAUGCCUUUUUGGUUUACUUAUCUCGUAAAGAAAUGGCCUAACCGUGACCAUGAUGUCGAGUUGUAUACGCUCUGGAUCUGCCUGGACAUCGUGAGCGGGACCUCCUCGAUCAUGAACCUCGUGGCAAUCAGCGUCGAUCGCUUUUACGCCAUCACAUCUCCGUUCAAAUAUCAUCUCAAACUAACCAAGAACCGCGCGAGAUUUUGUAUCGUAUUGGUGUGGUUGUACUCCAUCGUGGUAGCGAGUUUGCGUAUUUUGAGGCAUGGAGCGUGGUACCCGUAUUUUGUUGCUUGUGCUAGUUUUUUCCUACCUUUACCAGUUCUUGUGUAUUCCUACGCAAAAAUAUUUCGCGUCGCUCAUAAACAAGCGCUAAAAAUGCGUAAAAGCGGCUACGGUCAAGGAAUGCACGAGUUAUCAGAAGUGGACCACGAUGAUAAAAACAGUGACGCUGUAGAUCCAGAGAUUUUUGCAAAUGGACAAACUAGACCCUCCUACAGUAUGGUUCCCAGACAUUCCUCAAAUGCGAGCCGCCUUAUCUUCCACAAAGUGCGCCCGCGAUUGACCAGCCAGACUUCAAUGCGCCAAAUGCGUCGUGUACUGCACAGUGAUUUGAAAGCUGCGAAGACGCUUGCCAUAGUAAUGGGCGCUUUCAUCGCCUGCUGGUCUCCGUAUAUCAUCUCUUUGCUGAUCUUUGCAGUACCUUGCAAUUCGGGGUGUAUACCUAAAGAUAAGACCAUGGAAGUUGCGAAAGCCAUGAAGUGGCUGCAUUACUCCAAUUCAGCGGUGAAUCCCAUUAUUUACACGCUCCUUAACAGGCACUUCCGAGCAGCAUUCCGACGCAUUCUCUGUCGAUUCGUGUCGGCCCGAAGAUUGUCGUAUGUUAGUCGGGUUAUUUCACACACCGCAACCAGGAGCAGCAGCCGAAAUAGUGGAAACAAUCUUGGUGAUUUAACCAAAGCUCAUUCUAAGACGGAAAUGGAAAUACUUGUUUGCACUGAAGUAGUAACUACUGUGUAGUGCGUACAUUAGAGCAGUUUAAUUUUGCUUUUGUUAACCCUUUAAGCCCUAAGAGUGAUCAGCAUCAAAUUUCUCCUUGUAUUGUCAAUGCUUUGUAAAACGGAGUGGUCAUGACUUAAUGUCUGUACUAGUGUGUUCUACUUAAACGAACUAUAAAAUAGUUGAAGAGGGGUGAUGAAGACAUCCUUUACUUAUCCCCGUUGUUUACUCUUAAGUUUAAAACUAGAAUCCCAAAUUAGGGUUAAGCUCUGUAAAGAAAAGAGUAAAAUACAGCAGCAAAGUUUGCGCCAGUCACGAGUGGACUCGCGGAGGAGCCCAUAACCUUCAUGAAGUCGUGUUACGGCGUUUUCACCGACCAUUUUUAGAACGAUUUUGGCGCGAAUCUAGAAUAGAAUCUAGAAUCUAAGUCCCACAAAUCAGUCAACAAAACCCUCAGACCUGAAUAUGGUACUUUUGACCUUUUUAUGAUGUUCAGUCUUCCCUUUUUAUAUAUCUUAUACCUCGAAUGCACUCACAGGCGAAACGGAGCUUUCAUUUUCGCGAGGAAAAAGUGCUCCGAAAUGAAUAUAAAAAUAAACAGUCCGUGAAAACGCUGUGACGGAGGCCUAGUAUGUCAGUUGGUCGCUUCCGCUUAUGGGCUCCUGACUCACGCGAGUUUUCCCGCGCCAACUGAUGUUGUUCUGCUCUUGGCACUUGUCUCAUGCGAUAUUGACAUUAUAUCACGAACAUGGAAAAAUUACCGCUGCAUAGUUGCUGCGAGGGUGCGGUGCUUUUUCGAAGGUGGCACUCAUUUGAAUUCUAUAGUACCACAAAGCAAACUUUAUGAAGUUUUAAUUGAGAUGUGUUCAACAUCAGGCGUUCCAUAUUAACUUAAUGUCAGUUUACUAUAUAUCGUAGUGUAUUGGUAACUACUUUUAAGUAAGACUUACUAGUAUUUUGUGUUCAUUAAACUGUACUAAUCUAAACUAUGAAAACAGUUUAUUAUAGAUAUUGUCAUGCAACAGCAAGUAACUAGACAGCAACAAGUAAACCCCGGAAGUAAACGUUAUUUUCGAUAACAGCCUCGUCUCAACAAUUCUAAGAGAAGUUAAAGGGACUACUUCACGCUUUUUGCUUUUAUAAAAUGCUAAAACCUUUUUUCGUGUCAGUUGGCCUGCGAGCAAGCCCUCCGUGGGCUCUGAAGGCAGGGCGGGAAAAGCAAGGAGAGCUUACAACUACGUCUCUGGAAUUUGAAUUCCGCCUCCAAUUCCCCUGUGGUUUCCCGUUGACUGAGCUGUCAGAUUUCGGCCAAACAGCGAGAAGCGGAAACGAACGUGAAUGUAAACAAACAUUGAAAAACAUGUGAAAGCUCGCGCCAAGGGUAAUGACGUCAUUAUUAAUGCAAUCUUCGCCAAUCAGCAUUUCGCAUCGACUUUUUUGAUGCAGAUAUUCCAAUUUUAGAGACGUAGUCGCAAGCUCUCCUUCCUUUUCCCGCCCCGCCGCCAGAGCGCCCAGGAGAGCUUGCUCGCGCGCGCAGGCUACGUAUCAAUUGAAUUCCAAAAAUAAGGAUCUACUUUUGUUAUUUAAAACCACAUUUAGACAUUUAAACUGUUUCCUAUCGUCUGUGACAACGGAUUGCAAGGAUAGAAAUGGACUGAAAUUUGAUGUGCCUGCAAAAAUUACCACUAAAAAAUUAUUCCAGUCAGUGCCUCGUGAUGAAAUUUUUGGUAUCUCGUUCAUAACUUUACAGGAGCAUUUUUGCAUGGCUGAAGGCACUUAGAAAUAAAUACAGCAUAUAAUUUACUUAAAACAGCGAUGUCCUUGUGACAUGUGACGUCAUCAGCCUGGCUCGGACCCCAUAACUCGUUCUCAGUCUCUCGGACAUUUCUACAGGGAAAAAUGCAGUUUUCCGAUGGCCAAAGCCGAACGAUUUUUUUGGAGGACAUGCUUGAACUUCAGGACUAUUAAAUACACAUACUGAAGGACCAAAGACCCUGAAAAACUGAACAUUUUAGUGUCAUAUGUACUUUAAUUAAGCUAGACAUUGUUAACUAUGAAAUAGACGAGUUUUUUGAACAACUCAUGUCUGACAAAUACAGUUCUUAAGUGGACUUAGACGCAAGUUAAUCUGGUUUAAACUCUGCUUGGGCACUUAAGCCCAACUGGGUACUUUCCUUUAAAGAUGCUUUUUCUAACCAAGUACAGAAAUGGAUCGACCCAACAAGUAUUUCUCAGAGGAUGACAUCGUGGGCACUUCUGCCUCGUAGUUUCAAUGACAUUUUUUUACUUAACUGUGACGUACAUUCAUAUAAUACUCAAGUAAGAAAUCCUUCCGUUUGCCCUACUGCGGGACAAAUGUAAGGAAACUUUCACUUCGUUUUCAAGGGCCCAAAAUAUUUAAUUCCCUUAGCUCUGAAAUUCAGAAUGCCUCUAGUAUUGCUGUUUUCACUUCCAAACUAAAGCUGUCAUUUUUCACCUUACUUCUCUUAAUGCUUGUAAGAUAAGAUAAAAUAAAGGCUUUAUUUGAUGAGGGUUGACACUAAAUAGCCAGAGCUAAUAAACUUGUGGCCAUCUAUGUGUAGUUUUUCGUUUCUUUCGCUUUUUUUCUCGUAUUCUUGCAUUAUUUCUUCUCACUUUUUCUUUUUCGUUUUUGCACUUGCACGUUCAGCCUUAUCUAUUUUCAUCCUAUUUAAUGAUUAUUUUCUAUGUUCAGGGGCGGAUCCAGGAUUUUUCUUAGGAGGGGGUGCACUCGUCUCUUGCUCUACUUCAACUCCAAUACACCACAUAGUUUUUUUUUUUUGGCAGAAUACCAGUUGUAUUAGAAAACCGCAGGUCAUCUCAGGGGGGGGGUGCGCACCCCCUGCACCCUCCCCCUAGAUCCGCCUCUGAUGUUGUAAAGAAAUUGUAUGUGAUUAGUUAAAUUGUCUUGCCGAUGCCAGUAUUAUAUUCAUUGAUUAAGUUAUAUAUUUUUGAAAGUAGUCCUUUUUAUAAGCCCUAUUGGCUUCCUUGGGCCUCCCUUGCCUCAUCAUUUUUUGAAUUUUGUUUACAUUUUUACUUUAAAUGGCAGAGUUAUAAUAAGAUAAAUAAAAUAAGACCGAGCCAGUUGGAAACGUGUUCCAGUCAACUGCUCUCCAGUCGACUGAUGAUGAUGAUGAUGAUGAUGAUGAUGAUGAUGAUGAUGAUGAUGAUGAUGAUGAUGAUGAUGAAAGAGUCUCGAUCUUGGAUCGGUAG